CCCCUUUUGAGCCGGCUCCUUCCCGCCCAGGCAUCGAGUUCAUCCAUGCUCCUGUCCCGCUUUCGGGUGACCGGGGCGCGGCUGCGUCCAAGCCUGGCCGCUCUCGCGCCGCUGACGCGCGGGGCCCGGCCAUUUGGCCCGGCCGGCCCGGUGGCGCAUGUCAGCCACCGGGGCUUUGCCUCGCGAUCGGACGCCACUGCCGUGGCCGGGGCCGGCUUCGUGGACUUCGACGAUUAUGAGGACGACGCGCCGGGGCCGGCGGCCGGGGCCGACCCGGCGGCCAACCUCCGGCGCAUCUACGAAGGCCUCAAUGCGCAUGCCCUCUAUUCGGAGGAGCACUCGCCGGAGGCCAUCUACGCCCCGACCGGGCGACUGAUGCGCAACCCGGCGGUCAAGCUGGUCCAGGACCCGGAAGACCCACGGACGCGGGCCCUGCAGGUGGAUCUGUGGAACUACGGCUCGGAUGAGGACGAUGAUGGUCUCUUCCUUGACAAUGGCACCGACGAUGAGGCUGGGUCCGGGGCGGACCUCCUGUCGGAUUCCGACUUCGAUGGGUACUACUCCGGGUCGGACUAUGGCCACUCCGGGUCGGCCUUCGACGCCGAGUAUGAUGGGCCCGGGACGGGGGCGCAUGCGCCGGCGGCAUCUCGGCCGACCAGCCUCUCGGCGGCCCUGGCGUCGGCCAGCACCAUGUCCCCGCCGGGGUCCCUCCUGACGGCGGGGGCCCCGGUGUCGCGUGAGGCCGGCCGUCGGAGGGUGCCGCCGCCGGCGCCGCGCCCGACGGACCCCUCCGGCCUGGGCGUCCCUUCGGGCACGGCUGCCGCCCUGGCCGCCGGGGCCGUCUCCUCGGGCGAGGGCUUCCACUCGGAUGACUUGCUCUCGGACACGGAGCUGCCGGGCCCCCUGGACACGGACCCGCACGAGGGGCUGGUGUCGGAGGAUGUGCUCGCCGAGCUGGCCACCGGCGGGAGUGAUCUCUUCCCGGCGCGCAAGGCCCGGCACCAGUUUGACCGGAUGCGUCUCUUCAUUGAUGAGGUCCGGCUGACGGUGCGUGCUGGCAGCGGUGGAAAUGGCUGUGUCAGCUUCUUGCGGGAGAAGUUCCGGCCGGAUGGCGGCCCGGAUGGCGGCGACGGCGGUCGCGGCGGCAAUGUCUACGUCCGGGCCUCGUCCUCCUACACGAGUCUCCACGGGCUGCAGAGGUCGUAUGUGGCCUUCAACGGGGAGAAGGGCCACGGCCGGCAUCGGCACGGUGGCAAGGGCCGCGAUGUGUACAUCGACGUCCCGCCCGGGACCAUUGUGAAGGUGUCCGAGAGCCAGGGCGACCAGCCGGUGGUGGUGGCCGACUUGAGCACCGUCGGACAGACGUACCUCCUGGCCGAGGGCGGCCGCGGGGGCCGGGGCAAUAUGCGGUUCAUGACGUCGACCAAUCGCGCGCCGCGGCAGUUCACCUAUGGCGAGAAGCGCACGCCGGUCUUCGUCCGGCUGGAGCUCAAGACCCUGGCCGAUGUGGGGCUGGUCGGCAUGCCGAAUGCCGGGAAGUCCACCCUCCUGCGGGCGGUGUCCAAUGCCCACCCGAAGGUGGCGCCGUACCCCUUCACCACGCUCAACCCCUUCGUUGGUGUCAUCGAGUAUGCGGACUUCUUCCAGCUGAAGAUGGCCGACAUCCCGGGGAUCAUCGAGGGGGCCCACCGGAAUCGCGGCCUGGGCCACCGGUUCCUCCGGCACAUCGAGCGCAGCCGCGUCCUGGUGUAUGUGGUCGACAUCACCGGCGGGGCGCUGGUGGUCAAGCGCCCGGUGUCCGUGGCCCAUGGCGAGGCCCCGACCCCGGACCAGAUCCACGUGGGCUCCCUCUCGGAGCCGGCCUUCGACCCGACCUUCGACAACCGGCACCCGGGCCAGCCGCCGGUGGUCUUCCCGGAUGGCUCGUCCCUGCAGCUGCUUUACUACUCGCCGGCGGAUGAGCCCUCGCCCUCGGGCCCGGGAGCCGGUGACUCGGCCGGGCAUUUGGGGUGGGCUUUGUCGGGCUCCGGCUCGUCGGAGUCCGAUGGCUCCAGCUCCGGCUCGUCGGAGUCCGAUGGCUCCAGCUCCGACUCGUGGGAUUCGUCGGAUCCCCGCCCUCUCGACCCCGGCACCUCGAAGCCCCGGCAGGCGCCGGAAUUGACGGCGGCCGGCAGUCGGUCACCGAGCUCGGCACCCGCGGCCGAUCCCCGCCCGGCCGAGCCGUCGGGCCUUUCGGAGUCCGACACCGAGUACAAGCUGGAGCUGGUCGAGAUGCAUGAUGCUUCGGACUCCGACAUGGGAAUGUACCUGGAGACGGUCGACGGGGCGGGGCUGUGGGACGCACCGGAGGCCGACCCGAUGCCGGCCUCUCUGGCCGAGCAGGCCCCGGAGAGCUUGCGCCUGCGUUUGCUGGAGUUCGGCCUCGGUGGGCAGAUGCUGGCCCUGCUGCCGGACGAGCCGCUCGACCGGUCGCUCACAUACCUGGAGUGUGCCAUGGUGGCAUACCACUCGCUGCACACCGGGCGCCUGGCGGCCGCGCAAUUCGAGCAGCUGGCCUUGGAGCAUGGGUUCCUGCAUGAGUGUGUCUUCUCCUUCAACAGCGGAGCGGAGAAUGCCCUGGCUCGGGGCCUGGGGCCUGGGCUCGGGGCCGGGGUCCCGGACUCCGGCCUCGAGGACGCCCCCCUGCCGGAUCUGUCCUUCCUGGAGGAGUUCAUUGAUGACGAGCCGCAGGAGGGCGCCGGUGCUGGGCCCGGCCCUGUGGCCGCCGGCCCGCGCCGUCUCCCGCGCAAGAUGAACCCCCACCUGUCGAAGACAAACUUCCUGGAGCAGCGCAUGCCCUGGGACGACCUGCACGCGCUGCAGGCCGAGCUGGAGGCCUUCCACCCGGGGCUCACCCGGCGCCCGUCCAUCGUGGUAGCCAACAAGAUGGACCUGGACAAUAUGGACCCCGCGCAGCAGGGCCUGGCCACGCGCAAUUUGGAGGAGCUCCGCCGCCGGACCAACCUGCCGGUCCUGCCGGUGGCCGCCAUCAACGGCGACAAUGUGCCCGUGCUGACGUCGGCCCUGCGCCGGAUUGUGGACUCCCUCAACCAGGGGGCAGGCUCCCCCGGGGCCGAGGCUUGAUGGCGCGGCAUCGGCCGUUGCCCCGGGUGUGGCUGCCUUUCUCGCGGUCCCGCCCCGGUGUCCGGGACCGACACGGCUGGGCUUGUGUCUGUCUGUUUGUCUGCGCGUGUCCGUGUGCCGCUGGGAGGUCGCCCCCUCCCCCUGCCCUUCGUUCUGCUCUGCCUUUCUCCCCCCCCCCACCCGAACGGGUGCAUGCGCACAGACACACACAUGUGUAUACAUCACGCACGUCUGCCGUA